UCUAAACCAUUUCUACAGCAACCCAACCACCUCCUUUUGCUUAUUCCACUGCAAUUUCAGACUUUUGAAGGUCCUCUCUAGUCUCUGUCUCUCCACUAUUUCCCUGCAUAGGAUUGAAUCCAGAACUCAGAAGCAUGAGGAUAAUAGCAGUUGGGAUCUUAUUUCUCUGCUUCUCUAUCUUCUCUUCUUUGUCUUCUACUGUCUCUUACGCCAAAUUGCCUCCAAGAUUUCCUUCUUCUGUCGUUAGACCAGUGCAGCUCUCCCUUGCUACAAAACGUGGUACUAAGCUUUACAAAGCGAAGUAUUUCACCCAAAUACUAGACCAUUUCAACUUCAAUCCUAAGAGCUAUCAAACGUUUCAGCACAGAUAUCUAAUCAAUGACACCUAUUGGGGUGGCCCGAAGAAGAAUUCCCCAAUCUUUGUUUAUACAGGAAAUGAAGGAGACAUCGAAUGGUUUGCUCAAAACACCGGAUUCAUGUUCGACGUUGCACCAUACUUCAAAGCCCUUCUCGUUUUCGUUGAGCAUCGUUUUUAUGGGAAAUCCAUUCCUUUCGGUGGUGACAAAGACAUUGCUUACAGCAACGCGAGUACUGUUGGAUAUCUAACCUCGACGCAGGCCUUGGCGGAUUACGCCACUCUGAUAAUUGAUCUGAAGAAGAAUUUGACAGCGGUUGACUCCCCUGUGGUGGUUUUUGGAGGCUCCUAUGGAGGAAUGCUGGCAGCUUGGUUUAGAUUGAAGUAUCCGCAUAUCGCCAUUGGAGCUUUGGCUUCCUCUGCUCCAAUCCUCAACUUUGAGAACAUAACUUCCCCGUAUAGCUUCAACAACAUCAUCACUCAAGAUUUCAGGAGUGAAAGCGAAAAUUGUUACAAGGUGAUCAAGGGAUCAUGGGAACAAAUUGAAGACACUGGAAGCAGAUCUGGGGGACUUGAGCUACUUCGAAAAUCAUUCAGAAUAUGCAAAAACUAUAUUGAUGCAGACGCUUUGGAGAGUUGGCUUACAACAGCAUUUAUUUACACAGCCAUGACAGAUUACCCAACUCCUACUAACUUUUUAAAUCCCUUGCCAGCUUAUCCUGUCAAACAGAUGUGCAAGGCAAUCGAUGAUCCGACGGCUGGGAAUGAUACAUUUGCCAAGUUGUACGGUGCAGCUAACGUCUACUACAACCACACUGGAACUGCCACGUGUUUCAAUCUGGCUUACUCCCCAGAUCCUCAUGGCCUCGACUUGUGGAGCUGGCAGGCAUGUACAGAAAUGAUAAUGCCGACAGAUGGAAACAACCAGGACAGCAUAUUUCCAGAGUCCCAAUGGAGCUAUUCUCAGAGAGCAGCUGUCUGCAAAGGUUUCUAUGGCGUUGAUCCUAGACCCAACUGGAUUACUGCCGAGUUUGGUGGCCAUGAUAUUUCCAGGGUGUUGAAGAGGUUUGGGAGCAAUAUUAUCUUCUAUAAUGGGUUAAGAGAUCCCUGGAGUGGCGGAGGGGUAUUGAAGAAUAUAUCCAAAACCAUAGUUGCAAUCGUUGCUGAACAAGGGGCUCACCAUGUCGAUUUGAGGUUCGCAACUAGCCAAGACCCCAAAUGGCUUCAACAGGUGCGAGAAAGGGAAGUCAAGAUCAUUUCCAACUGGAUCUCUCAGUAUUAUCAGGACCUAGCCCAUCAUUCCUAACUAGGACUAUUGUUUUUUUUUCUUUUUUAUGUUACUAUUGCUGUUAUAUUUCUGUACUAUUUAACAAGAUUUGAACUUUUGUAUUUAACAAAUUGGGAGAAAGUGGCGAGAGAGAGAGGACAUGAUCAAAGAUUUCUAUGAUUCCAAAGCAAAGUUCAGGAACGUG